GCGGCUCUCCCAAGGCAGCCCCGGCCCCCAGGGCAGCCCCGCCGCCCCUUCUGCCCUCGGGGUAGAGCCCCGCGGGGCCCUCCGCACCUUCCUGCUGCCUCCCUGCCCCUGGACGUGGCGUUGCAGAGGCGUGAUGGCAGCAGGCACUCGGCUUUCUGCUCGUCCUGAACAAGCUGGGAGCAGCUGCACGGGUGCCGUGACGUGGGCGCUCCCUUGCACGAGUCCCGUGGGCGCGCCGGUAACAGUUCCGUCCCGAGGGCAGCACAGGUGUCACUGCCUGAAAGUGAAGUUAGAGCUCGGCGUUUCGUACCGAGGGUCGGAGUUCAGCGUGUGUGAUAAACACCCCCAGGAUUCUAAGAAAACCCCGCCCUGACCUAUUCUCUUAGGUCACCGAACGUACCGCAAAGCUAGCAAGUGAAACCGAAAUGCGAUGGAUAAUGUAACUCAUCCCUCUGCGACACUUCAGAACGAGUAAUAAAUUCCCCGAGGUGAUGAUGCUGCGGCAUACCAAUGAUCAGCCUCCCCUGCAGGCACCCGGUCCUGGCAGCCACCAAACCACAAGGCUGUCAGCACCUCGCUGUGCUGGGGGCCAGGCUGUGCUCUGAAGGUGAACUCUGUGCUUCCUGCACCCAUAACCACGCAGGGGCCGUCGCAACCCCUCCCGCAGCACUGCAGACCCCAUUUCUGUUCCCCUUCCCGGCAGCCCCCUCCGCCCUGCCAGCCUCCUUUCCCUCUCUAGCUGCAGCUCGAACUCCUUUUCCCAGCCCCACGAGACGACCGGGGUCGUUCCAAAUGCCCGGUCACUCCAAAGGGCUGGGCGGGAAUGGAGGAUGUGUUUCGUGCCUACGUGAGCGCUGUGACCUGCAGGUACACGUUGCAGAGUGACUGACACCAGCGAGCUGAUAUUGUAGAAAUGCCCUUUCAAAUCCCCGGGCUCUCUCAGUUUACAGUCAUUUCUCCACUCGCUGGCUGGCAGGUUGGGUUGGCUUUGUCUUCUGUAAUUACUCAGCAAGGGCUGGAGGUGAGGCUGAUGCAGCACAAGGCACCAAGGUGGAGAAACCUGGGGUUCAACAGCCUCUGAUUUCCACUCUUCGGGCUCUGAGAUUCCCACGGCUGGAACGAGCUGCCCUCCUGACACAUUUCCUACUCCUGCCCGGGGUAACCACAUUCGUUUCACCCCAUCGGGAAGGGACGAUGUUGCAGCCAGGUGUCCGAGGAGCACGGCCGCGGGGUUUGGAGCCAAGCCCCAUGCACAUGCUGGUAAAUCACACUGCUGCUCUGGAUUUAAUCCUGUUUCCCAGAGCUACCAACUUGGGGUGCCGAGAAGCAAAUUGAUGCUGGGCUGGGAAAUGGCAUCGCUGCAGGAGGGUGGCUCGCCCUGGCGUCGGCCUGGCAGCGACUGCACACAAGCUUCCCGCACGCGUCCCUUCCCAAGACGUUCAUGAGUGUCUCCUGCAUGGUGGCUUCGGCUGCUGCUGAGGGGUCUGAAUGUCAGAGGUUCCCUCGCGGUGGGUCUGUGGGAGCCCCUCACGGCUGACAUUUGGCUGCCUGCAGCCUCAGGACUGAGUCAUCCCUCGGGACCCGCUACGUGCAUUGCCCUUUGAGGCUCGCACCAAAACACGAGUUGUAGACGAAGAGAUCUCGAGAGCAGGUCCCGCCGGGCAGGCACAGGGCUGAGGGGGCACGCGGAGCGGUGGGGCGGCGGGGGACAGAAGUAUUUGCAGGAAGACGUGCUGCUGGGGCCUGCCGUGGGGCUGGGAGCUCUGCACCGCCGCGUUUGCUCUCUCGGCCCCGGCCAGACCCCGCUGCAGCAGCUGCUGAAAGCUCACGGGAGGAUUUCUCCUCUCCACUGCCAUCCCCGGCCCCCUCCUCCCCUGCCCACCAUGGCUAUUUGCAUCUGCGUGGGCGAACCUCGCGCUGCUCGCUGAGCUAAAUCCAGUGAGGUGGAAACUUUUGCGGAACGACCUGCCCCGGGCACGUGGCUGGUGUUGUAGAGGUGUCAGGAUGAGGGCUGGGGGACGAGCCGCCCGGACCCUCGCCUCUCAGCCCCCAUGGGCUCUCCCCAGCACCCCAGCUGGGAGACUUCGUGCAGACAGUGCCGGGGCUGAAAGCCGGCAUCUGGAGGCAUUUAUUUCAGCAUCUGCCCCCAGCUCCCCACCCCGCAGGGGCAGGAGGGGAGCUUGGGGCGUCUCCCCUGCUCCUGCCUGUGUGGGUGGUGGUGCGGCGCCGUGCCCACCUCCCCUGGCACCCGGCGUCCCCACUGGUCCCGAGGGCAGUGGGUGCAGGUGCGUGGGGCCCUUUUGCGGGAUGUUUUCACCCCUCCUGCACCAGAAGCCCAUUUCUGUCUGUCUCCGGUGCACCUGGGCGUGUUGCAGAGCCCGCACCAGCAGGAGCCCCCCAAAACACUCCCCUCACCUCGUCCAGGGGGGGAAAACCCCGCGUGGGAGGGGCAGGGAGAGCGGGGUGACGCUUGUCACGGGUGGGAGGUGUGUCACCAGCCAAGGGCUUAUAGGAGCCCCGGCGAGAGCAGGAACCUCCGUCACAGCAGCCGUAGGAGCAGAGGAGCGCCAGGCGAGGCCCGUGCGCUCGUGAUGGACUCUCUGAGCACUGUCCUGCCCACCAGCGAGGUCACCGAGCACAGGCUGGGCAACUCCUGCUCCCAGAUCCGAGAUGAGUUCCUCUCCGUGACGCUCCCCGUGAUGUACUCGCUGAUCUUCAUCGUCGGGCUGCUCAGCAACACCCUCGCGCUCUGGGUGUUCUCGUGCAGCGCGCAGCGCAGGACCUCCAUCACCGUGUACAUGAGGAACCUGGCGCUCUCCGACCUCUUGCUCUCCCUCUGCCUGCCCUUCCGCAUCGCCUUUCAGAACAAGAGCGAGCCCCGGAUCUUCUGCAACGUGGUCGGGGCCUUCUUCUACCUCAACAUGUACGUCAGCAUCACGUUCCUCAGCCUGAUCAGCCUGGACCGCUACCUGAAGAUCAUCCGGCCCCUCCAGAAAUUCAAGAUCCACACCGUGUCCUGCAGCACCGUGGCCUCUGGGUUGGUUUGGUUGGUGCACUUAGCCUUCAUGAUGCCUUUCUUUUUUGAGACAAGAGAAGAAGGGCCCUGUGACUAUAAAUGCUUCCACUUCAGGAACAAAAGCACCACGGCAGCAGCCUUUAACAUGACCGCAGUAGCGAUUUUCUUUAUCCUGCUGCUGCUCUUCCUCUACUUUUAUGGCAAGAUAUUUGCCAAGCUCCACAGAGUCUCCUCGGUGAAGGCUCAGCAGCUGAACAAGAAGACCAGCAUGAGAGCCAUCACCAAGACCUUUGUAGUCCUGAUCAUCUUCAUUGUAUGCUUCACCCCCUACCACAUCGUCCGCGUCCCUUACAUCCUCGCGCAAGUCGAGGCCAUUUCUAGCCUGCCCUGGAAGCAGGCCCUCCACCUCGCUAACGAGCUUGUGCUCUGCAUCUCAGCCCUCAACAGCUGCCUUGACCCAGUUGUCUUCUUCUUCUUGUCCAGCAGUUUCCGGAGGGCUGUGCUCUGCACCUUCCAGGGCAGGCUGAAGAGAGCUCUCAUGAGGAACCAGGGCAGGCUGAACCACAGCAGGUCCGUGACAGAAAUAUAGGCUUUACAGCAGGGCCGAGGUCCUGGGCAUGGGAUUUUCUCAUCACAGAUUUGCUCUGGCUGCUGGUGUUUAUGGGACAAGGUUUGCUGGGAAGAUGGAGAAAGAAACUGGAACCGCCUCAUGUUUCUUCCCCUCACGCCAGCAGGGUUAGAGCUUCCAUGGGGGGGAAGCAAAGAGGAAAGGAUAACUGGGACCUUACUUUUUCCUACCCCAGCUCUGCUGGCAUAGCUGAAGGACGUUUCCUAGGAAGAACGAAGCUGGAGAUGCCAAAGGAGAAGCAGCGUUGGCCUAGGAUCUCCAGCCAGCCCAGGGAAGGGCAGGGGCAGAGCCCUGGGCAGAGACAGGCUCCUUCAGUGGGAGGGAGAGGAAGGAGGGGAAUAGGAACCUGCUGUGAGUCUCUAUCAAUACACAUCAUCUCCAUACCAGAGAAAGCAGAAAAGGGAAGGGGAGGGGAGAUGAUGCAGUGCAAAAGCAUUAGGAAAAGGUGAGGGAGACACUCAUCAGAGCAUUACUUGUGCAGCGGGUGAAUGUUUUGCUCCGCGACGGAGCCCAGAGAUAUGCAGCGCUGGGCUUGUAUGACAGGCAUGCCAGGAAAUGUGCAGACCCUGUAACCCCAAACCACGGCAACGAUAACCGUUACUCUCUUGUUACCACAGUCUUUGAAACUCCAGCUCUGCCUCACCUCUCUGGAGAUUCAGACAGGUAGCUCCAGGCUUCCCUAGCUCUGUUCCUUUGCCCAUUUCACCAGCACGUUCACACAGGGCUGGCAGCCUCACCUGGCCAUUGCACAGCACUUGCUUGGCACUUGGACCAUGCCAGGGUCAUCGCUAUAGGAAAGGGUCCAACGGGCAAAGGGGAUGCAGCACAGAAGUGCCUGCGGCUCGUCUGAGACCCAUGAGCCCCAAAAGUGAGCUGCUGGCUCUGAGGUCCUCAGCUCCAGCACUGCUAAUUUGCAGUGGCUCUGAAAAAGGAACCUGCAAGGGAUACGCAAGGUUUCCUGCUUUGAUUAGUCUUCAGCAUCCGUUCUCUUCCUGUAGAAGAGAUACUUCUCUGUAUUUUUUCCCCUUUAUGUGCUCUCACCUCAUUUGUUCACUUAUUCUUAGGAGACUGCAGACUUGGAGCAGCAGCCUGCUUCACUCACACUCCAGGUAGCAAAGCCUGGGCCAUAAAGAACCGGGAGGAUUUUCAUUCAGACUGUGAACUGCUUUAGUAACUGUGGAAUUCAAAUACUUGAAUAAUACUUGGGAGAAUAAAAUGUUUUCUUAAAGACUGAAUACUCUGGUCUUUCUGGUCAAGGUGUGAGCAACCCCAAACCUCACUUUAGCUUUGUUGCUUUGUUGAAGGAGAACCUUAAGAACCAGAGGACGACACUCGCUGUCCUCUUUUGUCUCUGCUACUGAGCACACUGCGAGCAGGAGGAAGGGAUAUUUUUUUCUUUAGCAGGGGUGGGGGGAAAUACAGAAAG